AUGCAGUUGUUUAGCUGGAUGCAAAAUAAGUUUAAUGGUGGACAAGGGAACAAAGUUCAAACCAAAAAACAGCCGAGUAAAGAACCUCGAAAUGACGAAUUCAACGGUUGGCCUGAUUCAUUAUUAGCUAUUGGAACGUUUGGUGCCAGCAGCAGUUCUCUAAAACCAAAAAACCAAAAUGAUAACUCAGAGGACGUGAAUUAUUACAAUGAGGAAAGUUCCUCUCCAGAUUUAGCGGAAUUCACACCUGAAGAAGUUGGCAAAUUACAAAAAGAAUUAACAAAAUUACUAUCCAAAAAACCCGCGGCUGCUGCUAAAUUAGCACCAGCCGAAGGUCGACAGGAUGGUAAUCUCCCGUUAGACAGAUUCCUAAAUUGCCCCUCAAGUUUGGAAGUCGAUCGAAGAACUUCAAGCAGAUUUAGCAGUACUAAUUCGGAGAAUUAUGAAAAUCUUGAUGAGGAAGAAAUUGAUAGGACUAUUAGAGCAAUUAUUGGAAGAUGCAAGGACCAUGUUUGCAAAACCAAUAAUAAAAAAACAGUAAAUGGGAUGAAAUCCGUAACAUUUCUCCUCAAGAAAAUGUUUGUUUGCUCAAGUGGUUUCGCACCUACUCCUAACUUGCGAGAUACAUUUCCCGAAUCGAGAAUGGAGAAGCUUUUAAGGACAAUACUUUCGAAGAAAAUAAUUCCUGAAAGUGCGUCUAGAAUAUCAACAAAGAGAUAUUUAGAGGACCGAUGUGCACCAAAGGAAGAAGUGGAAGAGAAAAAACGAGACAAAACUUGUGAUGGAUCUAAAUGGGUCAAAACCGAUUCGGAUUUUAUUGUUCUGGAAAUUUGA